CAGCGGAAGUUGUCACUCUACAGCAUCCGGGUUACAGAGUUACUCGCGACAUCAUGGGACGAGAGUCUCGCCAUUACAGGAAGCGAUCAGGUUCGAGGGGAAGGUCCGGCAGCAGAUCUAAGAGCAGAUCGCCAGACUCAAAGCGAUCCAAGAAAGAUGAUCGGGCUGGGUCACGGAACCGCGAGCGAAGCAGAAGAGAGAGAUCACGCAGCCGAGACCGCCGAAGAUCACGAUCCAGAGACAGAAAGAGACCGAGGCGCUCAAGGAGUCGGGACAGGAGGCGGUCAAGGAGUCGAGACCGCAGGAGGAGCAAGAGCAGGAGCAGGGGAAGGAGCAAGGAGAAGGUGGAAAAUGGAGACCAGUCUACAGACAAGAAGAAAAUUAAGGAGGAAAAAGAAGAGGAGAAGGUUGAAGAUCAAGAAUUUGACCAGAACACUUUGGAGGAAGAGAUGAGAAAGAGAAAAGAGCGUGUGGAGAAAUGGAGGGAGGAACAGAGGAAGAAAGCCAUGGAGAACAUUGGAGAACUCAAAAAAGAGCUGGAGGAGAUGAAGCAGGGGAAGAAAUGGAGUCUGGAGGAUGAUGAUGAUGAUGAUGAGGAGCCUUUAGCCCCAGUGGACCAGGAAGAGGAAGAGGAGGAGGAGGAGGGAGACGGAGAAAAGGACAAAGUCACAGAAACCGAGACCGCCACACGUAUGGAGGAGGAAACUGGAGAGGAGCUGGACCCUCUGGAUGCCUACAUGGAGGAGGUGAAAGAGGAAGUCAAGAAGUUCAACAUGGGCACCAUGAAAGGAGGAAAUGACAAGAAAGGAGGCAUGACUGUGACGAAAGUGGUGACCGUUGUGAAAACAAAGAAGAUGCCCCAGACUGGCAAGAAGAAAGGAGAGCUUAUGGAGAACGAUCAGGAUGCCAUGGAGUAUUCAUCAGAGGAAGAGGAGGUGGAUCUGCAGACGGCCCUCACAGGCUUUCAGACCAAACAAAGAAAAGUCCUGGAGCCUGUUGAUCAUAAGAAGAUUGAAUAUGAGUCCUUCCGCAAGAACUUCUAUGUGGAAGUGCCGGAGCUGCUCAGGAUGACACCUGAGGAGGUGAGUGAAUACCGCCUGGAGCUGGAGGGCAUCACAGUCAAAGGCAAAGGAUGUCCAAAGCCCAUCAAAACCUGGGUACAGUGUGGGAUAUCCAUGAAGGUUCUGAAUGCACUAAAGAAACACAAUUAUGAAAAACCAACCCCAAUCCAAGCCCAGGCCAUACCGGCCAUCAUGUCAGGGCGCGACCUCAUCGGCAUCGCUAAGACUGGAAGUGGAAAGACUAUCGCCUUUCUCCUACCCAUGUUUCGCCACAUAUUAGACCAGAGACCUUUAGGGGAGGGUGAAGGUCCCAUCUGUGUGAUAAUGACCCCCACACGAGAACUGGCUCUGCAGAUCACCAAAGAGUGCAAGAAGUUUUCCAAACCCUUGGGCUUGAGGGUGGUCUGUGUUUAUGGGGGCACUGGCAUCAGCGAGCAGAUUGCCGAGUUGAAGCGAGGUGCAGAAAUCAUAGUGUGCACACCAGGAAGAAUGAUUGACAUGUUAGGUGCCAACAGCGGUCGAGUCACUAAUCUACGAAGAGUGACGUAUGUGGUGAUGGACGAAGCAGACCGCAUGUUUGAUAUGGGCUUUGAACCACAGGUGAUGCGUAUCAUAGAUAAUGUUAGGCCAGACCGUCAGACCGUGAUGUUCUCCGCCACUUUCCCACGAACUAUGGAGGCCCUGGCCCGAAGGACCCUGUCCAAACCCAUUGAGGUGCUUGUGGGGGGCAGGAGUGUUGUGUGUUCAGAUGUGGAGCAACAUGUGAUUGUAAUCGAGGAGGAGAAGAAGUUAAAGCUGCUGGAGAUUCUGGGUCACUAUCAGGAGAAGGGCGCUGUCAUCAUCUUUGUGGAUAAACAGGAACAUGCUGAUGGGCUCCUGAAAGACCUGAUGAAAGCAUCUUACCCCUGCAUGUCAUUACAUGGAGGCAUUGAUCAGUACGACAGGGACAGCAUCAUCAAUGACUUUAAGAAUGGAGUGUGCCGGCUACUGGUGGCCACCUCGGUGGCGGCACGAGGCCUGGAUGUGAAGCACCUCAUUCUGGUGAUCAAUUACAACUGUCCCAACCACUAUGAAGACUACGUUCACCGCGCCGGGCGCACAGGCCGAGCGGGCAACAAAGGAUAUGCAUACACCUUCAUCACUAUAGAUCAGGCCCGGUAUGCCGGUGACAUCAUCAAGGCUCUGGAGCUGUCUGGAUCUCCUGUUCCUGCAGAACUCGAGCUGCUGUGGACGAGCUUCAAAGAACAACAGAAGGCUGAGGGUAAAAGUAUCAAGAGCAGCAGCGGUUUCUCUGGGAAAGGUUUUAAGUUUGAUGAGACUGAACAUGCACUGGCCAAUGAAAGAAAGAAACUGCAGAAGGCUGCAUUGGGCCUGCACGACUCGGACGAUGAAGACACCGCUCUGGAUAUUGAUGAGCAGAUCGAAAGCAUGUUUAACUCAAAGAAGCGCGUGAAGGAUUUCUCGGCUCCAGGCGGGGCUGCGGGAGCGCCUGCUGUCGGGGUAACGGUCACUGCCGUGUCAGGUCAGAGUAGUGUGGCAGCCCCAUCUGCUGGAAACAUCCAGAAACUAGAAAUGGCCAAGAAACUCGCUCAAAGGAUACAAGUGCAGAAGAAUCUUGGUGCCGAAGCCCAGGACGUGAUGCAGCAGGCGACGAACGCCAUCCUGAGAGGCGGUACGAUGAUCGCUCCCUCGGUUUCGGCCAAGACCAUCGCAGAACAGCAGGCAGAGAAGAUCAACGCCAAACUCAACUACACACCCGUGGAGAAACUGGACGAGGAGAGACAAGCAGCCGAGGCAGCAGACACUGUGAAGCGAUACGAGGAGGAGUUAGAAAUCAAUGACUUUCCACAGACGGCUAGAUGGAAAGUCACGUCUAAAGAGGCCCUUCAACGCAUCGGCGAGUAUUCCGAGGCGGCCAUCACUAUACGGGGAACAUACUUCCCACCAGGCAAAGAACCCAAAGAGGGAGAACGCAAGAUCUACUUGGCUAUUGAGAGUGCUAAUGAGCUGGCUGUCCAGAAGGCAAAAGCAGAAAUCACACGUCUCAUCAAAGAGGAACUCAUCCGCUUACAAAACUCAUACCAACCAACCAGCAAGGGCCGAUACAAGGUUUUGUAGUGCAGAAAGCAGAGGAUUAUCGCUUGUUUCUCCUUUUCAACAAUACAACACUUUUUGUUUUGUGAGAUGAUUUUGCUACCUUGAAAUUUCUGACACAUUUAUUCUUUUAGUAUGCAUUGAUCAUGCUAAAUAUUUUAGAAAAUGUCAUGUUAACUGCCUAGUGAACUUCAUUUGGAAAUAAAGUGUUUUUCCUCGUGUA